AGGCGGAAACAGAUCAACGUUAUGGUGGUUAUUGUUGUUCAGUGGGAAAAAACACUUAGCAUUUUAGCAUCCUGCUGUUAGCACUGCGCGGUUCAGCUGCUGUCGCAACCACAACGUUUCUCACCAGAACAUCGAUGAUGGAGGGAGAUGAAUGUGAUAUUUCCUCAGAACAGUCUGAACUUUCCCACUCAAAUAGAGGAAGUGUUUCUUCAUCAGUCGCUCGUGCUCAAGAUGUUUUGGUGUACCUGGUCAGUGAUGGGGCAGUACAGGUGUGUGUAGAGAGUGUAGGCUGUGUGUGUGUACAGGACCUGGGACGCAGUGUGAGAGACGCCCUCAACAUUCCUGACUCAGCUCAGGACGUCUUUGCCUUCUGGCUGUGUUCACCCCUGUUGGAGCUGCAGUUGAAGCCGAAACACCAGCCAUAUAAACUGUGUCGUCAGUGGCAGGACCUUUUGUACCGCUUCACUGAUGGACACACAGAGGACAUCGCACUAGAUGAGCCAUGUCUGCAGUACAAGAGGAACGUUUUUUACCCCAAAUCUAAAGAGCUUCAGGUGGAAGAUGAGAAUGUGUUGCGGCUCCUGUAUGAUGAGGCAAAAUUAAACAUCGUUGAGGGCCGGUACCCUUGUGACCCUGAGCACUGGAGUCGAUUGGCUGCUCUGUCCUGUGCUAUCGAGAUCGGUACAGGACUUGAUGACCAGCAGCUGACUGCCGCUAUCAGAGACAAGAAGCUGUCAUCGCUGCUGCCAGCCCAUGUAGUGGGGGGUGUGGGGACCGGGCUCCUCUCCACCCUCAGGCUGAGGACGGGGCGACGUGCUGAACUAGAGCAGAACUUACUGAAGGAGUAUCACACGCUACACACUGAAUCACGCCCACUCAUCCUUCAGUACCUCUGCAUCUGUCACACACUGCCUUAUUAUGGGUGUGCAUUCUUUGUGGGUGAGAUAGACAAGCCGGCUCAGGGUCUGCUACAGCGUGGUGGGCGUAAGGUGGUGAGUGUAGGGAUCAGUCUGGAAGGAGUGUAUGUCAUCGACACUAAGGAGAAGCAUGUGCUCCUGGGUCUGCGGUUCUCAGAGCUGUCUUGGGAUCAUACCUACCCUGAUGCUGAGGGAGAUUCGCACAUCUUGUGGCUGGAGUUUGAUGGAGAAGAAGAUGGAACGCCUGUCAAUAAAUUACUGAAAAUUUACUCUAAACAGGCGGAGCUGAUGAGCGGUUUGAUUGAGUUCUGUGUGGAGUUGCGCUCUGUUGGUGACGCGGCUGCCUCCCAGAUGGCUUCAGCUCAGGAGCAGAGUGUAGAGGGAGCGAGGGGGCGACGUGUGGGGAAAGUUCGCAGGCAGAGCAGUGUAGUGUGCAGCAGAGUGCACACUCUCAACACCAUCAGUUAUGUGGAUGACGGAAAAGAGAUAAAGCGCCUGAAACCUAAGAGAGCGGCGUCCUUCUUCACCAAACAAACUCCUCCCUCUUACUCUGCGGUUCAGGUGACGGAAAACCUGGAGCAGAGCUGAAACACUGCCUUCUGUGGAGACCAAAUUCACACACACACAAAUAUAUAUAGUGAUGAACUGAAGGGACAGACAGACUGGACCAAGACUGUGCAACAUGGGUGAAUAACAGGUUACAGCACAUCGACGCUGAGAUGUUUCUCCACUAUGCAAACACCUCUAAACCAAAUGGAGAAAAAGACUCAUGAGACAGUCUCUCUUAACAAAGUGCCAGAGUGUCUGAUCUCAGUGUGUUCUCACAACAGUGCUUUAUCCACUCAUCACAGAGACACGUCUUUAUUAUCCACUCAUCACAGAGACAUGUCUUUAUUAUCCACUCAUCACAGAGACACGUCUUUAUUAUCCACUCAUCACAGAGACACGUCUUUAUUAUCCACUCAUCACAGAGACACGUCUUUAUUAUCCACUCAUCACAGAGACACGUCUUUAUUUUCCACAACACUGCUGUGUCACCAAGGUAAUGAUAGGCUGCAUCCCAAACUGCAUGUUUAACAAAGUCUCCUAAGUGGGCUGUGUCCCAAAUCUUUAUAGUUUGUAGCAUAGUGACAAAUAGUGAAAUCACUUUUUAAAGCACAGUUUCACCCUUAACUAAUUUGUUAGAGAAGGGUUUUAAAAACACAAUACAGAAUAAUCACACUGGUGUUUAAUACAGUCACAAAUGGACAGAAGUGUAUUUGUUGAAUAUAUUAAUCUUGGAAAUGGGGAGUUUCCCAGUUAAAUGUGCACCACCUGAAAUUUGGGGUUUGGUUUGGUUUUGUUUUAUGGAGUAGAAUCUUGCAAAUCUUCGAUGCUGUGUUAUGUUCCAAAACCCACACACACAUUGCUGCAUUUUGUAGUAAUUGUGUUAGUGUGACAUAGGUGUCUGUUUUGACAACCUGUUCUGCAGCAGCAUGUAAUUUGGGACGUAACCAUAGAGUUCAUACCUUACAGUUCAUUCCAAAAAAAAAGGUGAGAAAUUGUUCUUGUGUUUGUAAAAUAAUUUCCUGCACACAUAACGAGUGUUGGUGUAAUUAUUACAGAAUGUACACUUUAAUAAGUCAUGUUUACAGCUGGCCUUGUUAAACCUCUUUAUGCCUCGUUAGGCCUUAUUAAGGCUCAUUCUUAUUAUCUGUUUCAUCAUCUAAGUGACCUGAGUGCUUUCUGACUGAGACGAUGUGCUCGCUCUGUUACACUGGUGUCAAUUUAACACUCACACUGCAGACGGUGAAACGUUCACAACACUCAACGUCACAGAGUUUUAUAACAGACACUUCACUAAUGAAAGCCUGACUAUGGAAAUCAUGUUGGCAGGACUUUUAUAUGAAAUUGUAAAUAUCUUUCUAAUUUAAAGACUGUUGUGACCAAUAUAACCUGCUUUUAUAUCAAGGCUUUGUGUGUAAUACAAAGCUUUAUAUAUCUGAAUGUUCCAGAUAAAGAAAUUAAAUUGGAUGGAAUAUCCCUCAUUUUUUACCUUUAAGUGGAUAUUUGUGAGGAUAUUUUCCAUGUUUUGUUUUUUUUCUUCCAUUUCUGUGACCUUGCACUACUAAUAUUAGUGAUGAUGAUGAUGAUGAUGAUCUAAGAUAAUUACAUGGCAUGUGUCUGGGAUGUUGGAGCUCAGUGGUUCAGGUGUUUGACUACAAACCCCAGGUCCACCAAGCCUCUGGGCUCCUGAGCAAGGUUCUUAACUCUCAAUUGCUCAGUUGUAUAAAAUGAUAUAAAUGUGUCUCUCCCUGUAGGUUGUCUGCUAAAUGCCAUAAAUGUAUCGGUGGAUUUUAUAAUAAAAAACAUGUAAAUAAACUUUUGAGCUUAUGAUUAAGAAAUAAAGCAAAACAUUUGUUUAACACA